CUUCCGUCUUUUUAUCCUACCUGCUUUUCGCCAAUCCGAAUCAUUUCUCUCUCUCUCUCUCUCUAUCUCUCUAUAUGUUUUUCUUCCUUUUAUUUCGAGGAAAGGAGAGUUUCGCCUGAAUUCAGUGAUGAAUUUUUGGGUUAUCGGAUGAAGGAUUUUGAAUUUCUUUUAGUAUUUUUUCUGUUCAAUUUUGGUGUUCGUAAACUGGUGCUUGGAGCUGAUUAACUUAUGUUGAGUAACAGAGGUGGUUGUUUUUAUCUUGGUACUGGAGGUCUUAGAUACUGACUUAGUUCUGUUCCUGCUCUCAAUCUCGUGUUGUUACGAUUUCUGUAGUUUCUUCGUUCUUUUUUUCUUAAACUUCUGUGAUUUAUGGAAUAAUUACACUGAUUAUGUUCACUUAUGGUCUUCAUAAUCAUUUAUGUUUGUGACGCACUGGUUCAAUUUGAUUAUUAGUAGCAGUUAGGUUUCAAAUUUAUUUUUAUCACGGAGUAUUAUUCUUUUAGUUGGUUUAAUAGGCUACGUCUACAGAUCAGAUGCUCAAAUUCAAGGUUCUUUUUGUCCACGCUUUGGUUUUCUGGUUGAAGGAUGUCUUAAUUUGUCUGAAGUAGAACUGUUCACUUUUAGCUCUUUUUUCCUUCCGGUAUAUGUUAAACUUUGAAUUGAUGAAGAAACUUAAGUGUGAUAUCCGGAGAGUAUUGAGUUAAGUGUAAACAAAUUUUUGCAUUUAUUUGUGAUACUACCUAUCUUAUUUCUGAUCCUUAUAGCUACUCGUGAAAUAUUGAACUUCUGAGAAAGUAAAUAUUGUUAUCAGUCUGAGUAGCAUUUUAACACCAUGAUUAGUUUAAGAAUCCUAUGUUGACGUGCCACUUUACACGGCUUUCACCUCUGAUGUUUCAGAAUCGUUGAUUUGGAAAGUCUAAACCAAAAGUAAUGGAAUCGAAUGGUAAGGAAGAUCUCAAGGCUGCACUUCUGCAGCAUCCCAAUGGUGUUGCUGCUUAUACAAAAAGCACGGGAGAUGGUGCAAACAUCAGAACGCUUGUUUUCAACAUACAUGGGAUGACUUGUUCCUCUUGCUCAACUUCCAUAGAAUCUGCUCUAACGAAGCUGGAAGGAAUAAAGAGUGUUAUGGUUUCACCACUCCAAGCGCAGGCUGUAGUCAAGUAUGAUCCACAAUUAAUCACUGUGAAGAAGAUACAGGAAGCAGUUGAAGAGACAGGUUUUGAAGCUGAUGGGUUUCCAGAGCAAGAAAUUGCAAUAUGCAGACUCAGAAUCAAGGGGAUGGCAUGCACAAGCUGUUCUGAGUCCGUUGAACGUGCACUUUUGAUGGUUGAUGGAGUAAGAAAAGCAGUGGUUGGUUUGGCUCUUGAGGAAGCAAAAGUUCACUAUGAUCCAAGUAUUACCAACACUGCCAUUAUAGUUGAAGCAGUUGAAGACUCAGGUUUUGGAGCGGAUCUUAUUAGCUCAGGCAGUGAUGUGAAUAAGUUGCAUCUGAAACUAGAAGGUGUUAAAUCACGCGAUGAUUUUAGUGUCAUUAGAUGCUCAGUGGAGGGUUUGGAAGGGAUAAAUCACGUUGAGAUGGACCUUGAAGAACAUAAUGUCAUCAUCACGUAUGAACCAGAUAUCAUUGGUCCACGAUCUAUUAUAAGGUGUAUACAAGAAGCUGGAAAAGGGUCAAGCUCAUAUCAGGCCAGUCUCUUCACUCCACCAAGACCACAGGAUAUGGAGCGAAGACAUGAAAUCCAUAUAUACAGGAAUCAGUUUCUUUGGAGCUGUUUAUUUUCUAUUCCAAUUUUCAUUUCAUCAAUGGUACUCCCUAUGAUUCCUCCUUAUGGCAAGUGGUUAGACUAUAAGGUCUUGAAUAUGCUGGAUUUUGGAAUGCUUCUGAGAUGGAUCCUUUGCACUCCAGUGCAAUUUAUUAUAGGCCGAAGGUUCUACUCGGGAUCAUAUCAUGCACUGCGGCGGAAAUCCGCAAAUAUGGAUGUUCUGGUAGCAUUGGGCACCAACGCGGCUUACUUUUAUUCUAUCUAUAUUAUGAUGAAAGCACUUACUUCAGAGCUCUUCGAGGGUCAAGAUUUCUUUGAGACAAGUGCCAUGUUGAUAUCAUUUAUUUCGUUGGGAAAGUACUUGGAAGUCCUUGCAAAAGGAAAGACAUCAGAUGCUUUGGCAAAGUUGACAGACCUCGCACCAGAAACAGCUCACCUUCUAACACUGGAUGAUGAAGGAAAUGCUAUUUCAGAAACGGAAAUCAGCACUCAGUUGAUUCAAAAGGAUGAUAUCCUUAAGAUUGUUCCUGGGGCAAAAGUUCCGGUUGAUGGUAUAAUUGUUGAUGGCCAGAGUUUUGUGAACGAGAGUAUGAUUACUGGAGAAGCAACUCCAGUCGCUAAAGGGCCUGGUGAUAAGGUAAUUGGUGGGACCGUAAAUGAAAAUGGUUGUGUUGUCAUUCGGGCCACACAUGUUGGAUCUGAGACUGCACUUUCACAAAUUGUUCAAUUGGUUGAAGCAGCUCAGCUUGCUAGAGCUCCCGUGCAGAAGCUAGCUGAUCAGAUAUCCAGAUUUUUUGUUCCCACUGUUGUUAUGGCUGCAUUUAUCACCUUUCUAGGAUGGUUUGUAUUUGGAGAAGCAGGUACUUAUCCGAAGUCAUGGAUACCAAAAGCUAUGGAUGCUUUUGAGCUUGCAUUACAGUUUGGAAUUUCAGUCUUGGUUGUUGCCUGUCCUUGUGCUUUGGGGUUGGCAACUCCCACAGCGGUAAUGGUGGCCACAGGGAAGGGAGCCUCCCAAGGGGUACUGAUUAAAGGAGGGGAUGCAUUAGAAAAGGCACAUAAGGUCCAGACGGUGAUUUUUGAUAAAACUGGAACAUUAACUCUGGGAAAGCCUUCUGUUGUCAGUGCUGUCCUUUUCUCCAAGAUUUCUAUGGAAGAGUUCUGUGACUCGACAAUUGCUGCUGAGGCCAAUAGUGAGCACCCCAUUGGUAAAGCAGUUGUUGAUUAUGCCAAGAAGUUUUUGAAUACUGCUGAGAAAGAGCAUCAGACAGAAGUAAAAGACUUUGAGGUUCAUACUGGUGCUGGUGUGAGUGGAAAAGUUCGAGACAAAACUAUUCUGGUUGGUAAUAGGAGACUCAUGAGGGAGUUUAAGGUUUCUCUUGGUCCGGAAGUUGAGACUUAUAUCUCAGAAAAUGAGAAGCUUGCUCGUAGUUGUGUGAUAGUAGCAGUUGAUGGUACAGUUGCAGGAGCUUUCGCCGUCACUGACCCAGUGAAACCCGAGGCUGCACGUGUUAUAUCUUUUCUAAAUUCAAUGAACAUCUCAAGUGUUAUGGUUACUGGUGAUAACUGGGCUACAGCAACUGCUAUAGGAAAGGAAGUUGGAAUUCAGACAGUGUUUGCCGAGACGGAUCCGUCAGGAAAAGCAGAUAAGAUAAAAGAAUUGCAGUUGAAAGGUACAACUGUGGCAAUGGUAGGGGAUGGGAUUAAUGAUUCACCAGCACUUGUUGCAGCUGAUGUUGGUAUGGCGAUUGGUGCGGGAACAGAUGUGGCCAUAGAAGCAGCUGACAUAGUCCUCAUGAAAAGCAACCUUGAAGAUGUUAUCACAGCAAUAGACCUGUCAAGAAAGACAAUGCAGCGUAUACGGCUCAAUUAUGUUUGGGCUCUGGGGUAUAAUGUACUUGGCAUGCCUGUCGCUGCUGGAAUUCUGUUCCCGUUUACCGGCAUCCGUUUGCCGCCUUGGCUUGCUGGUGCUUGCAUGGCUGCUUCAUCCGUCAGUGUGGUUUGCUCGUCAUUACUACUUCAAUCUUACAAGAAACCUCUACACGUUCAAUCCGCGUUGUAGCUAGCAACUUUUCUGACAUCGAUUUGGUUCAAGUUAUAGGGUGGAAGCUGGGGGUUACAAGAGCAAAGAAGACGCAAGGUUGUAAAAUAGCAUUUAAUUCAAAAGUCUGAAUUUAGUCUCGAAAACAUGAUUUGUUGAAACUUGAUACUUGAAAAUAAUCGCUUUCACCUAAUUGUUGCUAAUAGUACGUACUCCAUGCGAUUAGAAAUGAAAAUUGAAACUAAUUCUUGU